AUGCAAGCGCUGAGCGCUGCUGCCUCGCGAAGCGCGUUCGCUCCGCGAACGUCUACUUCCACGAAAACUAGGCGAAAACAGGUCUUCUUCGCAAGAGGGAAAACAUCAAGUGCUCCUCUCUCGCCCUCAUUCAAUGCUUUCAUUCCGGCACCUGGCAAUCAGACAGUUUACCGAGUGUUUCACAAAUCAAAGCCACUUCAUACCGAUAUUUGUACACGUGCGGCGAUAUCUGCCCCUGCGGAUACGAGUGCAGAUGCGACUUCCACUGAAUCCCUGGCCCGCUAUGUCGCUGCCCAUGGAGGCAAGCGGGUUAUUCGGAAAGUUCUUAUAGCAAAUAAUGGGAUGGCUGCUACCAAAGCGAUAAUUUCCAUGCGUCGAUGGGCAUAUAAUGAAAUCGGCGAUGAAAAUGCUAUCGAAUUCCUGGUCAUGGCGACGCCAGAAGAUCUGAAGGCUAAUGCUGAGUUUAUUCGGUUUGCCGACGAUUUUGUAGAGGUGCCAGGUGGAUCCAACAAGAACAACUAUGCAAAUGUUGAUCUGAUAGUGGACAUAGCUGAGCGCGAGGGUAUUGAUGCUGUUUGGCCUGGUUGGGGGCACGCAUCCGAAAACCCCAAGCUCCCAACUGCACUGAAAGAACGCGGCAUCCAGUUUAUCGGUCCCACCGCACCUGUGAUGUCAGUUCUCGGCGACAAAAUUGCUGCAAACAUUCUUGCGCAAACAGCCAAGGUGCCUUCCAUCCCAUGGUCUGGAGACGGUCUCGAGGCUGAUCUCACUGAGGAGGGCACAAUACCCGUAGACAUCUUCAACAAAGCUAUGGUUACAACGAUUGAUGAGUGUCUCGAAUCUGCGAAUCGAAUUGGCUAUCCCGUCAUGCUGAAAGCAUCUGAAGGUGGUGGAGGUAAGGGCAUCCGCAUGAGUGCCAACGACGACGAACUGCGCGUAAAUUUUGAAAUGGUCAAAGCAGAGGUGCCGGGAUCGCCUAUGUUCAUGAUGCAGCUUUGCACUCAAGCAAGGCACCUCGAGGUCCAAAUCGUCGGUGAUGAAUAUGGAAACGCAGUUGCUCUCAACGGCCGUGACUGCUCCACACAGCGCCGCUUUCAGAAGAUAUUCGAGGAAGGGCCGCCAUCCAUAGCUGAUCCGCAAGUAUUCCGUGAAAUGGAAAAAGCCGCGCAACGUCUUACGCGCAACAUAGGAUAUAUCGGCGCUGGCACUGUAGAGUAUCUGUACAAUGCUGAGACGCAUGACUAUUUUUUCCUUGAGCUUAACCCACGCCUCCAGGUGGAGCACCCUGUCACUGAAGGAAUCACUGGGGUCAACCUCCCGGCAACUCAGCUACAAGUUGCAAUGGGGAUUCCGUUGAAUCGGAUUCCAGACAUAAGAAAGUUUUACGGUCUGAAACCAGAUGCAGACACGCCCAUCGAUUUCAUGGAAGAAGACUACGUUCUGCCUGACUGUCACUUGAUCGCUGCUCGAAUCACAGCUGAAAACCCCGAUGAGGGGUUUAAACCCACUUCAGGAGGCAUUGAACGCGUCUCAUUUCAGUCCACGCCAAGCGUUUGGGGAUAUUUUUCCGUUGGUGCCAACGGUGGUGUACAUGAAUUCGCGGAUUCACAAUUUGGUCACAUUUUUGCCGUUGGCGUGACUCGUGAAGAUGCUCGCAAAUCCCUCGUGCUUGCUCUUAAAGGUAUGGUAGUCCGAGGAGAGAUUCGCACAGCUGUCGAGUACCUCGUGCAGCUGCUCGAAACCGAUGACUUCAAGGCAAAUGCAAUCGACACGAGCUGGCUCGACGGCAUUAUCAAAGCAAAGUCCAUCGCCAUGAAGGAGGAUCCUCACACGAUCGUGGCAUCUGCUGUGAUUUAUCGAGCCUUUCAGAUGGUAAAAUCAGAAGAAGCAGCCUUCAAGGAAUUCUGGCAAAAAGGCCAGACCGCAACACAAGGGAUUGCUAGACUCACACAAUUUCCUAUGGACAUCACUUAUCAGGAAGUGAAGUACUCCUUCAUGGUCCAACGACGGGGUCCUGACUCUCUUGUCCUUUCUCUUCGAGGAGAGGAUUUGAUCAACGCGCGCAUACGCGAGCGCUCGGACGGCGUACUUCUUGGAAUCUGGGGAGGUCAGACCCAUGAGAUUGAUGGACUCGAAGAGCCUCUUGGGCUGCGUAUGGUGUUGGACGGUCAAACGUGGUUAUUGCCCAAUCAAUUCGAUCCAUCAGAGCUUCGGACUGAUGUCACGGGCAAACUGAUUCGUUUUUUGCAGGAUGACGGGUGUGAGGUGAUCGCCGGAAAACCCUAUGCUGAAGUAGAAGCAAUGAAGAUGGUGAUGCCUUUGAUCGCAACAGAAAGCGGGACAAUAUCUCACGCCAAAUCUGGAGGUGCUGUAAUUGAGGCCGGAGAUCUACUCGGAACUCUCCAGUUGAAGGACCCAAACAAGGUUAAAAAGAUCUCUCCUUUCGGAGGAAAGUUUCGGAUCAGCUCAGAUGAAGGGUCGGAUGCACCAUCUCCAUCUGAGGCUCUUGAAGAUGCGAUCACAGCCACAAAUCUUGUUCUCGAUGGUUAUGUGUUACCUGUUGACGAAACUGUGAAUAACCUCCUUGAAAGGCUUUGUGAUCCCACGCUUCCUGAUGUAGAUGGUGGUCGCUGGCAGCGAGCAUGCUCAGUUCUGAAUGGAAUUGUUGACCGUUACCUCGCAGUGGAGUGUAUUUUUGCUGGAAAGAAGGUGGACGCCGUGAUGCGCGACCAGAUACGGAUUAAUGCUGGGGAGCUUGAUAAUCUUCUGAAGAUUGUUCUCGCUCAUGCUCGGAUCAAUCAAAGAACGCAGAUGGUCAUCAGCCUUUUAAAACAGGCACCAACUUUACCGCAGCGUAUCAUGGGCGGUCCAAUCGGCUGGGCAGAUGACCAUGCGCCUAUAUCUGAUGAAUUUCGAGCAUCUAUUGAGCGACUUUCCAAUCUUCGAGGAACUGAUUAUGGCGAACUUGCUCUCACGGCCUCGAAUAUUUUGCUGGAAAAGCGGUUACCUUCGAUUGACAAACGCCUAUCUGAGCUCAAAAGUAUUCUGUCAGGCGGAGUUGGCUUGGACCGCGCAUGGGGAACAGCUGAGGCAGGAGACCUCAAGAGUCUGAUAGAAUCUCCCACGCUUGCCGUCGAUCUAUUGCCCUCAUUGUUUGUUGAUUCUGAUGCCGACGUCGCUGAUGCAGCUCUUGAAGUGUAUACGAAACGUGUAUACCGUGCACACAAUGUUAUUUCCACUGAUAUUGUUCGCGUCGAUGGCUUGGACUCGAUGAAUUUUAAGUUUCAGUUCAACACCUACCCUGAAGAAUCUCCACUCCGUUUCGGUGUAAUGGUCGUCACUUCAACUCUUGAGACCGCCAAAUUGCAGAUGGUCGCCAUCCUUGACCGACUCGCCGAUCACAUCGGUGAUGCAUCCAAGGACACUCCAAUUCAUGUCCUGCAUAUAGCUCUCAGUAAUCAAGCGGAUGAUGGAUCACUUGCGGAUCGUUGUGCCGCCGUUCUGAGCGAAUUUCGUGGACGGAUGGCUGAACUCGGCGUAAAGUUCGUUAACGUCAUCAGUUAUGUUCCCCCGAACCUUCCGCACUACUACACAUUCACGGCAGCGAGCGGUUAUCAGGAAGAUCCACUCUACCGUGGCGAGCGACCCACUGUAGCACAUCUACUGGAACUCGCCCGCCUUGAGAACUACAACCUGACGCGACUCCCAACAGUGAAUAGAGAUCUUCACGUUUAUGUGGGGGAAUCUAAACAAGGAUUUGGGAAGCGAGGACUUCAAAAGCAUAUGCUGCUCCGCAGAAUCAGUCAUUCCCGCGAUGCAGCAGACGGCGGCAUUGAACGUGUCCUUGGAAAAGCCGUUGAAGCCCUUGACCUCGCCAGCCUCGAUCCCCGUACGAAGGGGACCAGCUCUGGAAGAAUUUAUAUCAACUUUCUUCCUUUACAAACGAGCAGCCCUUUCGAUGCAUGCGUGAGUGCAUUGAAAACGAAAGUCUUAGAAUUUAUCAGCCGAAAUUCAACGGAGCUCCUGGCACAACAGGUCGACGAAAUCGAAAUUCGAUUCCGCAUUGCUGAGAACCCAGGAUCUCCGGUGCAGGUCCCUGUGCGCAUUAUGGCAACGUCAAUGUCAGGUCAAUGGCUUAAGGUGGACGUAUAUCGUGAAUAUCUCGAUCCUCAAACAGGCAAGGCGACACAAUUCUGCAUGCUUGGUGCGGAUGGUGCCGAAGAGGCAUGCUUUUUGGAGCCUUACCCGAUGCCGGGUACACUGCAGCAGAAACGAUCCAUCGCUCGCGCUAUUGGAACAACAUACAUAUAUGACUUUCUCGGGCUUAUAGAAAAAGCAUUGGUUCUCGAGUGGCGCCAAUUUGUCGCCACACGUGGUGCUGGCGAUGUGCCGGUUGACAUGUUCCGCGCAGAAGAGUUGGUACUGAGCCAAGAUGAUGGAAGCUUAAGCAAGGCCGAAGCGAGCCGUAUCGCUGGCUCGAAUGAUAUUGGGAUGGUCGCAUGGCAGUGUUACAUGAAGACUCCUGAAUAUCCAGAUGGGCGUGAAAUAGUCUUGGUUGGAAACGAUUGCACAUUCAUGUCUGGAUCAUUCGGCGUCAAGGAAGAUGAUUUCUAUUUUGCUGUCUCACAAUAUGCGCGACAACGAGGCCUUCCCCGUGUUUACAUCGCAUCAAACUCAGGUGCUCGCAUCGGUCUCGUGGAAGAACUUAAGCCUUACUUCAGGGUGGCAUGGAUCGACGCCUCUAACCCAUCCCUAGGUUUUAAGUACCUAUAUUUAUCGCCAGAUGACUAUGCCGCGUUCCCCUCGGGCACUGUGAAUGCUUCUGAGGUCAUUGACGAUGGGGAAACGCGCAUGAAGCUUGAUGACAUAAUCGGACAAAUCCAUGGCAUAGGCGUUGAGAACCUCCGCGGCUCAGGAAUGAUUGCCGGGGAACAGUCUGCUGCGUAUGCAGAUGCUUUCACGUUAUCCUAUAUCACGGGGCGCUCUGUUGGAAUUGGUGCAUACCUAUGUCGACUUGGUCAAAGGAAUAUUCAAAUGACGAAUGGUCCUCUGAUCCUGACGGGAUAUCUUGCUCUUAAUAAACUUCUUGGUCGCGAGGUGUACACUUCUCAAGAUCAACUUGGUGGCCCACAGGUGAUGAUGCCAAACGGUGUGAGUCACAUGCAAGUAGAUGAUGACCAAGAGGGUGUCAGAGAAAUAUUGAGAUGGCUUUCUUAUGUCCCGAGUACUUGUUUUACGCGGUCGCCGGCACUUCCAUCAGUUGACCCAGUCACCCGAAAAAUUGAGUUCAAGCCUACUAAGACUCCUUAUGACCCUCGGCACAUGAUUUCCGGUACCGAAGCCGUCGACGGGUCUUGGGUAGGUGGCUUUUUCGACAGGGGUUCAUGGACAGAAACCAUGGCUGAAUGGGGAAAGUCAGUUGUAUGCGGCAGAGCAAGGCUCGGCGGAAUUCCCAUGGGAGUCAUUGCAGUUGAGACCCGCCUCAUGGAGCAACGCAUUCCAGCUGACCCUGCGAAUCCUGAAUCACGCGAAACUGUGCUCGCGCAGGCAGGACAGGUGUGGUUUCCAGACUCUGCUUACAAGACUGCAACCGCAAUCAGGGAUUUCAACAAUGCGGAAAACUUGCCCUUGAUAAUUUUCGCGAAUUGGCGUGGCUUUUCAGGUGGGACACGGGAUAUGUACGGUGAGAUCCUUAAGUUCGGAGCCAUGAUCGUGGACGAGCUAAGAGUAUAUCGACACCCAGUAUUCGUCUAUAUCCCGCCAAAUGGAGAGCUUCGCGGUGGCGCUUGGGUUGUGGUUGAUCCCACGAUAAACGAAGAGCGCAUGGAGAUGUAUGCAGAUGAGGAGAGUCGGGGUGGUAUUCUUGAGCCGCCUGGGAUCUGUGAAGUGAAAUUCCGUGACAAGGACCAAAAAGCUGCCAUGCAUCGUUUGGAUCCUGUGCUUCUCGAGCUUGAUCAAGAACCUGAGACAAAUCAGGCAGAAAUUGCAGCCCGCGAGGCUCAGUUGUUGCCGAUGUACACUCAAGUCGCACACGAAUUCGCUGACUUACACGACCGAAGUGGCCGUAUGUUGGCCAAAGGAGUCAUUCGAGACGUUGUCAAAUGGGAGGACGCUCGAAAAUACUUUUUUGACCGGCUUCAACGGCGACUGACGACUGACGAACUCAGCACAGAAACCAAUGCCAACCGCAUGGUUCUUGAAGAUCGACUUCUGUCCAUGACACUUCAGGCUGGUGUUGAUUGGAAUGAUGACGCAGCUGUUACAAAGUGGCUUACAGAAAACGCAGAAGUGGUCAAGGAGGAAGCAAUGUCGAUUGGUCGUGAUUCCAUAAUCGAAGAUGCCAUUCAAAACCUUAAACAGCUUGAUCAGAGUGCGUUGCUGCGUGUUUUGGAAAAAAUUUCACAAGGGAGAACCAAGUGACGAAAACGAAUGCAUUAACACCAACUUACUAGCAACCUUUUCUUAAAAUUUUCAUUGCAUCCAAUUUUUUUUUUUGUGUUCACUUAAAUAGUUGUGCACGAAGACAAAAAGAAACGAGGUGUACCAUCUAAUUAGCACAUUAUGACG